CAGAAAUUGCCUCUAUUCCUCAUCUCCCUCCUUCUCCUGAAGUUGCAGAAACAGCCUUCUAGCCCUAGCUCCUUGAGAUUUAUGAUAACAUAGAUUCAUAAAUUUUGGGUUGAGUUGGGUGGCUGUAUCUGAGGAACGCAUAUCUUCUCUAUGAAUCUGUUGGAUUUGUAGAGAAAUUCGUGCGGCGGAGUUGGCAGCAGUUAGUGGAAGCAGAACUUCAUUCGGCAGAACAAUGGGGGUGCAUGGAGCAACCCUUCUUACAUCUGCAGUUUGUGAGUGGUUCUUGAUCUUUCUGCUGUUUUUCGAAUCCGCGCUAUCAUAUUUCCUUGCAAGGUUUGCAAGGUAUUGCCAUUUGCAAUUCCCUUGUUUGCUAUGCACUAGGCUGGAUCGUUUCUUUGGUAAAGAUAAGCAGGAGUUCUAUCAGAACCUGUUUUGCACCGACCACAGAUCCGAACUAGCAUCUCUGGCUUCAUAUCAUGCUCAUGGGAAGAUUGCAGAUGGAAAAAGAAUGUGUGAUGAUUGUCUUCUGUCAUGCACUACCAGCACUAAACCGAACAUGAAAUCUCACAAGUUGUUGGUUGGUAAAUUGGGAAUGGUUAAUGGUGGUUCUAGUUCCCAAAGCCCGUCUCUAUCCAAAGACUCGCUAAAUGGCGCUAAGGGGCCGAGUACGUGCACUGGCUGCGACAAGCUUUGCAAGUCAGAGCAAAAUGCCCUGAGAUCUAUCCAACUGAAAUCACCUAAGAGAACUUUUAUUAAGCCACCAUACAUUCCUUUGCCACAAGUGCCAAGGCAAAGCCGUUCAAAUCACCGGGAUAAUUUGAAGAAAACAAAGGGCCAAUCUUCAGGAUCAGAAGAUAAGCGUUCUCAUCGUCAACCAUCUCGUGUGGUGUACAAUGAGCCGAAAAUUUAUUCUGAUUCUGAGUCUGAUUUUCCUUUUUCUGAUGAUGAUGUAGCUAGUGUAUUACCUGGCCAUACAUCUCGAUUUAAACCAGUAGUUCCCCCAAGACAUGUUCUAAGAGGUUUGAAUCUUCCAAAUCCCAAUAUUAGUUCCCCCAAAGCCAUGCCGUCACGUCCGGAUUCAUCUGAGGAACCUAAGAUUAGCAAGCACCAUGAUGUCCCGGAAGAAAUUAAUUUGAAGCCAGAAAAUCAAUCUAGUUCCGAGCUGCCUGAGCUCAUCUCACUAGACGAUGUUCCGUCAUCACCUAACGCAGAGAAAAUUCCUCGUAGAGAAUCUGAUGGUGUGAAAACAACUUCUCCUUCUCAGAAUUCUCUUCCCACUUCCAUAUCCGAGCUUAUGACUUUGGAUGGCAUUGCAGCAUCACUAAAUAAAUCUGAAGAUGUUACAAAAUCAAGUGGUGUGGAGCUUGCAACCGAAGAGGAUAGGAAAGACACAAAGAAGAUUGAUACAAGACAAAAAGCAUCUGGGGAAACUGAUAAAGUGGUAAGUGAUUCUUCUCCUUUAAGCCAUACUCAAGAGAACUCAAACAACAUGAGUCAGUCUCCUGUCUCCACCAAAGAAAACGUCACAGCUAGUGGGUCUGAUAACUCAGAGGUUUUAGCGAACCAUGUCCAGUCCACCGAGAGACACGUUGAGGCCUCGGAUUCAAAUGAAGUUAAGCCACCUUCAAGUUCAUCCUCGGUAGGAUCUGAUUUUGAAUAUCUGGAUGGAAGCAAAGUUAAUGAAAUUGAAGGGGAGUCUAUUAUUGAUCAAUUGAAGCGACAAAUUGAGUAUGACAAAAAAUGCUUGGAGGCCUUGCAAAAGGAACUGGAGGAAGAAAGAAAUGCUUCUGCCAUUGCCACAAAUCAAACAAUGAAUAUGAUUACCAGGUUGCAGGAGGAGAAGGCAGCACUGCAAAUGGAAGCUCUGCAAUAUCUAAGAAUGAUGGAAGAGCAAGCAGAAUAUGAUAGAGAUGAAUUGGACAAAGUUAACGAUCUACUGACGGAAAAGGAAAAAGAGCUACAAGAUUUAGAAGCAGAGCUGGAAUUUUAUAGGGAGAACUGGCCAGAGGAGCCUAUGGUCCAAAUUUCUAAUUUGAAGGUAGAAAAUGUUGCAGAACAAAAAACUGCCACAGAUAUCACAAAUGCUGUAACCAUUUCCGGUUCAAAGCUGACCAAGGUAUCCAAAAUCCGUGAUGAAGAUCCCGUUGGUGCAACCUCCUCACCUUUAGACUUUGAAGAGGAAAAGCAAUGCAUUUUGAAUCGCUUGAAAAGCUUGCAAAAUAGGCUUAAAGAACUUUAUGGUAAUGAGGUUUCCUCUGAAAAGAUUGAAGGAAAAAAACUGGAUCAACAAGGAUCUUCUAAUGGUGAAGAAGAAAUUGAUUCAUCCAUGCAGAAAAAUGUUAAUAAUAUGUCUAAUGGAAAUCAUACCGAUAAGGAUGGCUCAGCUUCUUUAGAUAGUGAUGAUUGUUCUCAUAGUAAUGGGAACAAUCAUUCCAGGAAAGAAGUCGAAUUGGAUGCUCUGGAAAAUGAAAUAUCAGACCUUAGUGAAAGGUUGGAAGCAAUCGAAUUUAAUCAUAAUCUUCUUGAGCAUAUAUUUAAUUCUCUUCGAAGCGGAGAUGACGGGAAGCAAUUUAUUCAAGAUUUAGCUAUUCAAUUGCGCGACAUAAGGAAAAUUGGGAUUAGAUCAAGAUGAUGUAUGCUGGAUAAUCGUGGAGAAUCAGCAUAAUAAAUAAAUAAGCUUUGUAGUCUAUACCCAUACAAUGGGCAAAGAUGAUAGAACCAAAAAAAUAUACUUUUCUCUUUGAUUUGCCUGCAUAUUGCAGCACAGGCAUCAACACAGAUUGUACAAUAGGAUUAGUAAACUUUGUCUUAUCCUUCUUUAAUUA